UGCAGCAUUCUCAAACCAAACCUACCUGUCGGGCUAACCAUGUUCAGUUCACGCACCCUCCUCCAGCUCGUCUCCUGCUCGCUGCUGCUCCUCGCCUCCCUCUCCGGCUCAGGGGAGAGCCGGCCUCAGGUGGCCCACGAGGGAACACCCGACGAGGGCAGAACGCACGGCCGGAGGGCUCUGCUUCUGGAGGCGGUGAAGACGGGGAUCCUCGGCUCGUUGGGCAUGGACAGGGAGCCCAGGCCGACCCGAAAGGCCUCCGAGGAAGAGCUCAAGAGGAUGUACCAGCUCUACGGGGGAAAAGUCAGGGAGGUGAGAGGAAACUCCAGCCAGCUGAUGAAGGAAACCCGGCAAUCAACCAUGUCCACUGUGCUCUUUCCGGCGACAGUGGAGCGGAUCAAAGGGGUCCGGAGGGGAGAACACCCACAUCCACGUUCAGGUCCACGCAUGCAGUGGUACAGAGCGCUUUUCCACAAAACCCCCAAUAUCCACACUGAACUGACACUAACUCGGGCUGAGCUGAAGAUUUCCAGGCAGAUUUUAGAUCAAACCAUUUCAGCUCAACCUGAGACGGGAGGAAGGAUCCAAGUUCGAGUCAACGGCAGCGCAUGGAGAUACAUACACUCUCCGAUGCGUGCCAACGGGUCGAGCACACACGAUGUGAUGCUGGACAUCCGCCCCGAGGUGGAGCGAUGGCUCGGGGCUGAUGUCGGGGAGGCACUAGUCGUGGUUGUGGGGAUAGCCGUGGCUGUGAAAGACGCCCUCAAGGCGAGCCCAACUCUCUCCCUCGAGCUGGGCCUCACGCAGCCCAAACCGGGCCGCAAGACGAGGCUGCCUCGCUCCAACAAGGAGGACGUCUGCAACGAGGAAGGAUGGUGCUGCCGGAAGUCCGUCACCGUGUCCUUCAAAGACAUCGGCUGGACGGACUGGGUGGUGGCGCCGGCUGAGUACACGAUGCAUUUCUGCGACGGCACCUGCCCCCACAACUACAAGCCGGCGAGCAUGCACACGCAGGUGAAGUCCCGGUUGCAUCAGAUUACCAAAGGAGGGUCGCCCCGGCCCUGCUGCGUGCCGGCGGCCUACGAGCCGAUGGUCCUGAUGCACUAUGACAGCAGGGGAAAGCUGAAGCUGACUCCUUUCGACGACCUGAUCGUCAGUAAAUGCCACUGUGCCUGAAGAGAGCCGUGCGGUUUUUUAAGUUAAACCUUUGGAGGAGCAUAGCCACUGAAACAUGUGACGUGCCACGGUUAACUAAAUAAUAAUUGCAAUAAUCCACUUUAUUUUAAAGAAAAAUGUGUUACUGCCGUGGAAAGGCACUGUUUUUUUUGUAUUGUGUAUCAAACAGUAGAUUAUUUUGAUUUGUAUUUAUUUCAAGUUUAUUUAUGGACCUAAACUCAUGUUUGUGUUUUAUUACUGCGUUUGUUUCAUGUUACAGCAUAUUCUAUUACUAUUUAACUUGAUUGUUGUUGUUAUUAUUUGAAGUACUGGUUUUAUGGGGCACAGGGUUUUGAUAUUACAUUUUUUUGUCUUGUACAUUUCAAUAAUGCUAUGAAAACAUUCUGUUCUGAUACAUUCACACUAAACUGCUGCACUUGAAUAUAUACACUUUUAGAAUUCAUAAUAAACACAUGAUUGUGAUACGUUCUCAUAUCUGUCGUCGGUCCAAACACUUCAACCACUGUAGAUUACAAAGGUCACGGUGUGACCACGAAAUCCGCCUCUAAAGAUACGAUAUCUUCUAUCUCCCAAAAAUGACCUUGAAGUUGUGCUCACUUUGGCCUUGACCAGCUAGUUAAGGAACAAAUCAUUGUUUUCAUUUCAAAGGGAAAAAUAGGAAUAAGCCGCUUCCUGUGUAAACUCCAGACGGCUCAGAUUACUUAUCAACGACGAUACUGUAAACGCAAUUUUCAUUGGAGAUUAUCAAAGUUUCUUGUAGUAAUAUUAACUUUCAAGUGCUGUUGAGAUAAGUUAUUAGAAAAAGAACGAAUAAUAA